AUGGCAGACAGUUCGACGGGCCAACUCCCGUCAUUCAAAUCUCCGGCUGACGUAAAGACCUACUAUCUUGAUACACUUCAAAGAAAGCCAUCGAGAAAGGGAAAGUCUCGGGCAUUUCAAAAAUGGAAAGAAAAUGUUCUCCAGCAAAUAGAAGACUUUUUGAAGGAUGAUUUCGAUAUCAACUUUUGUGACCGCGAAAUAUCAACAUCACCUUUAUGGCAAGCGACAAUGGGACUUGAAACUUUCCAAAAGGUUUUGGAAAACACGACAACACUAGUGAACCUCUCCGGGGAGGACGGCAGGACUGCUGUGUUCCUGGCAGUUGAAGAGGAUAACCGCGACGUGUUGGAGCGCCUAAGCAAAGCUGGUGCCGAAAUUGACUGCAUGGAUAAGAAAAACCGUACUCCUCUAUCGUACGCAGCUGAGCAGGGGUUCCGUGAGACUGUCAAAUUUCUUGUCGAGGAUAAAAAGGCUGAUGUCGAUUCAAAAGACUGCGAGCAACUUACUCCACUACAAUGGGCGAUCGGUAGUGGACGUACCGAUGUUAUACGAUACUUAUUGAGGAAGGGGGCCGAUGUAAAUCACAGGGAUGGUCUUGGCAGAACACCAUUGCUUAUGGCAGUGGGACCAAACUCCAGUCUUUCAAAGUCUCAAAAGGACGAAACCAUCAAUCUCCUUAUGAAACACAAGGCAGAUCCUAAUUCCGCGGACAAUGAAGAAAGCACCGCUCUUGUACUUGCAGUUCGUCACUCAAGUAUCACAACUAUUCGGCAACUGUUGGCCUCGGAACACUUUACAAUUGAUGUGAACCAGUACGCAAAAGGUCGAACGGCACUGUCCAUAGCAACGGAGCUAGAGCUUGUGGGUAUCAUGGAACAGCUUAUACCAAAGGCAAAUGUCAACCUCAGGGAUGACAACGAGCUGAAGAGAACACCGAUAAUUUGGGCCGUUGAGAAAGAAAAAGGCCUUGCGGUGAUAAAGCUGCUCCAAAUGGGUGGGAUCAAAGUGAAUAGCUCUAAUCCGCAAGGGCGAACUCCCUUUUCGCUGGCCGCAGAAAAGGGGUGGGUUGACAUCAUGCAGAUGCUUUUAAAGAGCAAGGCCGAUCCUCAUAAAGAGGAUAAGAGCGGCCAUACAGGCUUUUGGUGGUUCCUAAGAGCUAGAUCUGGUCCUCCGGUAAUUCACGCUACCCUUGGUCACAAACUCCCAAAGAUGUAUCGCAGUAGUCUUCCAAAAUUGAUGGAAGUGCUCGAGCAUCUAGAGCCAAAUCGGCAAGACUCUGCUGGUCGAACUUGGUUAUCUUGGGCUGCUGAGUAUGGCGAUCAGAAGAUUGUCCAAUUACUCUUGGCCUAUAAGAACACUGAUCCAAACUUUCGCGAUGGAGUGAAACAAAACGAGAAAGGAUUUGCUAGGACUCCAGUGAUUUGGGCAGUUGAAAAGCAACACGAAGGUCUAGUGCAAUGGAUGAUUGCAGAUAACAAAAAUGACCUCUCGCUAAAUUAUCUGAUUCGUGAAUUUCGCACUUUAAGAGAGGAACUUGGAACGGACAAGGCAUUGCACAUCGUCAAAACAUUUAUCUCUUACGGUGAAGUGGAAGGUCUCGGCUUUAUAGGGAGAGAGGACCUAGAGGGGCAUACACCUUUGCACCUCGCCUGUUUUCAGGAGAACGAAGAGAUCGUGGAUGCCUUGUUGGAACACGCAUAUCCCAAUCCCAGGGACUUCACAGGCCGGUCAUGCCUACAAUACGCUUUGGAUCGCGGAAACGAGAGAAUUAUCAGACGACUUCUUCGAUCCAUGCCUAUCCUGGAAUAUGUGCAAUCAAGUGACUGGUUUUGCAUUAAGAAGCAGAACACUUGUUGGGUUCAAGUAUACAAACUCAAUGACUCAGGAAUUGGCUUUGACUGGAAAUUGACUGGCAACCUUCGACGCGACCAAUUGUUAUCAAAAGGAUCUCAGAGAAUAUAUUUCUGUGAGCAGAGCCUGUGGACUCAUGUACCAGCGCUGUUCGAUGCCGAGAGUGAUAUGAAAUCCGAAAAAGAGGAAUCAAACGAUAUUCAGUACAUCCGAAAAGACUUUUCAGGCUCUAUUGUGUCCUGUAUAUCAAUACAUUUUCCUCUCCAAGACCGUUUCCUUUCUGGGAAACAUGAGAUGCGUCAGAGCCCGUGGGGUAUUGCAUGGAUUAGAAGGCCGGAGGCAGAAGACACGGACACUUUCCUAAGCAGUAUUUCAGAGGGCAGUUUUCCUACAUCGGAUAGCCACUUCUUUCGGCUGUUUCUUAGAGAUCUCAAGAAUCAAUGGGCCAUUGCUUGCUCAAUUGCCAGUGUGAGAAUUGAGGAAAUACAAAAGGAACAAUUGGAGCAAAGGGGCCGAAAGUCUACAUUGAUUGAUCAACUCGCUGAAAAUGCAUCGAUUCGAAUUAAUGUCCGGAAUUGCUUGAGGUCACAUAUCAAUAGAUUAAGUCACCAAGUCAAGACUGAUCGAUUUUUCACAAAAGAUACCCGAACAGAGCUCACUGCUCUUGUUAAUGAAAUUGGGAAUGAUGCAACUGGAAGACUAGAUGACAUGGAACGUGCAUCUCGUGAAUUGUUGCAAAUGGAACUUGCUUGGGUUUCGAAAAGCGAGGCAGCGAGUAUCAAGCGUCUUACUUGGGUUACCUUCAUUUUCCUCCCUCUGAUGUUUACCUCUGUGAGAAGUCCUUAA